UUUACAAUUAUUAAAAUGUAUUAAAUGUUUACAUGUAUUUAAAUUAGGGCUGUCGAUUAUCGAUUAAAAUAUUUAAUUGCGAUUAACGGCAUUUUGUCCAUAGUUAAGUCAUAAUUAAUCACAGCUGGAAAGAAGAUUUUUUCUGUAAGUAGGGAUGCUAAUUUCCUUGUGGUAAACAAUUCGAUACGCAUCUAGAUACACGGGUUAAGAUAAAAUUUUAAAAAACGAUAUAUUUUAAAAACAGAACGAUUUGAUACCAUUCAAUACAGUGCACAACCGAAUGGUUGGAUUUGAUACAAUUCAAUGGUUAUAUUUGUCGACGUAGGCCAUGUGAUAAACUCGUGUCAGCCAGUUUCUCCAGCAGGUGAUUUAAGUGUCUCGGCCCUCCAUGGCACGAGUUUGACACUCCUGAUUUAGACGCGAAUCUUGCAUUAUAAAAUAAAGAAGCCAGUUCUAUAAAAGUGGCAUUCUUACAGUGUUUUCAAAUGUGUAAAAGAGCACAUCAUAUCCCCAAACAUGCUGUAAGGCGGAAGUCCCCAACCACCAGGCCGCGGGAAACCUUCAAACACAAUCAUUAAAAAAAAAAACACUUUAAGAAUUAAACAAUUUGUAAAUAACUACAUCUACAUCAUAACUAUGUAAAGAAUAUAAUUUUUGGAAAUAUGGGCCAUUAUUUUAUAUUUUUAAAAAAUCCAGUUUGAAAUCCCCCAGUUUUUGCAUGUUUAAUGCAAGCACUUACUUGUCCCACUUGGUUUGACAGUCCUUGACUGCAUCAGCUAACUUUCUCCCACGCUGCACAGAUAGACUACUAUACUGUAUUUUGCCACUUUUUCUUUCACGUCAUAUUUGGUCCUAAAUGCUGAUACUAUGUGGGAAUGCAUAAAGCAGGGGAGAAGAAGAAUGUGAUCGGAUGUGCUGCUGUUGAAAAGCGGCUCGGCUUUGCCCCACUCGCCACAUCAAAGAGGGCUGAGACAAUGGAUCAGUCCUCCGAUGAAGAGGAACCUCGCACCUUUGUGCAGGUCCUCAGUGACAAGUACAACACUGAGAACUUCCCUUACGGCCAAGGCCUGGGCGUCGUGGUUCUACCCUCCCCCCCUGGUUCGCCUAUCAAAGAUCGUCUGUUUUUGCCCAGCGUACUGGUCCUGAAUGACUGCGGCAUUAAAAAAGCAGGCAACAGGUCGGACAUCGCAGCUUUCUGCGCUCACGUGGUCGAACUGGACCUGUCCUACAAUGAGCUCCAUGACUGGGCAGAGAUCUGCACCAUCGUGUCCAACAUCCCUCACCUGGACUUUCUCAACCUGAGCAUGAACCCCCUGAGCGGCGUGGGACUGGAGCCCUGCAUGGCCGAGGUGUUCACCCGGGUGCGGCGCCUCGUCCUCAUCAACACGCAUGUCAGCUGGGACACCGUUCAUACGCUCACGCGGAACACGCCGGAGCUGGCGGAGCUCUUCCUGUGCCUGAACGACUACAACGCUGUGUCCCUGUCACACACGUCCUGCCCGUCCCUGCGGCUACUCCAGAUAACCGACAACCACCUACGCGACUGGGCGGAGGUGCACAAGUUUGGCCUGAUGUACCCAAGCCUCAACACGCUGGUGCUGGCCAACAACAGCGUGGAGCGUGUGGGCGACACCCGGGAAACACUGCAACGCCUCUUUCCCAACCUGCGCAGCAUCAACCUCAACAACUCAGGGCUGAGUAAGUGGGAGGACAUAGAGAGGCUGAAUUUUCUCCCCAAGCUGCAAGAACUCAAAGCAAAGGGGAUCCCACUGUUGCAGCCUUACACCACACAAGAGCGACGUAGCCUCCUUCUAGCACAGCUGCCAAAUGUCUUGGUGCUGAACGGAGGUGCGGUGUCCGACAGCGAGAGGGAAGACGCCGAGAGGUUCUUCAUCAGGUUCUACCAGGAUUGUCCGGAACAGGAACGUCCGGAGAGGUACCACGAGCUGGUAUCCAAGUACGGUCAGCUGGCCCCGCUGGCCGACGUGGACCUGAGCCCCCGCUGCACCACGGUGGACGUGCGCUGGGGCGAAAGGGUGGAGGCAGUGAGCCUCCGCCUGGAGCAGACGGUCGGCGACCUGAAGAAGCAACUGAGGGCGCUGCUGCAGCUGCCUGCCAACAGCAUCCGGCUCUUCUACAUCAACCGGGAAAUGUGCUCUAUGUUCGGGCCUGAGGAGCUGAAGUGCGGCUGCCGGGCUCUUCACUCGUACAGCAUCCGGGACGGGGACGAGAUACUUGUGGUGCCCAAAGUGAAAAGCCGCUGCAGCUCCUCGGAUCUUUUUAGUACUCAGGACGUCCUGUAUCCAUAUGGACCUGCCCACAUGGAUCUGGUGACCCCCAAGAUGGACGAUGGGAGUUCUCCGGAAAUUCCUUUGCUCAUCCCUUUCAUCUUCUUCAGCAUCCCCUACCGCACCAUCUACGUCAACAACAAUGGCGUGAUAUCCUUCAACGAGCAGGUCAGUCAGUUCACGCCUGAGGCUUUCCCCCUGAGCGAUAGCAGAUCGUUCGUUGCCCCUUUAUGGGCGGACGUGCACAACGGGAUCCGCGGUGAUGUCUACUACAGAGAGUCCACCCAAGCAGAAAUACUGGAAAGGGCAACACAGGACGUCCGCAGGCAUUUCAAAAACGUGCCCAACUUCGCAGCCACCUGGGCCUUCAUCGUCACGUGGCACCAAGUGACCUUCUACGGGGGGAGCCAGACCACUCCGGUGAACACAUUCCAAACUGUGCUAAUCUCAGAUGGUGCCAUGUCCUUCGCCAUGUUCAACUACCAGGAAAUCACCUGGAGCACAGGCACAGCCAGCGGCGGAGACCCUCUAACCGGACUGGGUGGGACCACGGCUCAGUCAGGUUUUAAUGGCGGAGAAAUCGGACACUUCUUCAACCUGCCGGGAUCGCGGUCCAACGAAGUAGUGAACGUUGAUCAGACGACCAAUGUGAACAUUCCCGGACGCUGGUUCUUCCGUGUUGAUCCAGAGUUUGUCGAUCCCGCCAGCGGCUGCAGCUACAAUGGUCGUUUUUACAGACGAGGAGAGGUCUUCUGGCUGUCUGACCGGUGUUCUCAACGGUGUCGCUGUCUCGACAUCGACAAUGAGGUUCUUUGCCAGGAGUCUCCAUGUGGGCAGCUGGAGACCUGCGAGCAUCAGGAGGGGGGCUUCUACUGCCAACCUACUCGCACCAGCACUUGCGUGGUGUUCGGAGACCCACAUUAUCACACCUUUGACGGCCUGCUCUACCACUUUCAAGGCACCUGCACCUACUUGCUGGCUCGACCUUGCUGGGAAGUAGCAGGGCUGCCUUUCUUCAGUGUAGAGGCCAAAAAUGAGGACCGUGGCGUGGCUGAUGUCUCCUGGCUUAGAGAUGUAACCGUGGAGGUGUACAGCCACAGAGUUACAUUGCCCAAAGGAAAUCUGGGAACUGUUCAGGUGGAUGGUUUGGUGAAGACUUUACCGGUCCAGCUUCAGCUUGGUGCAAUCAGAGUCUACCAGUCCGGGUUGGCAGUUGCUCUGGAGACAGACUUCGGACUCCUCAUAACCUACGAUGGCCAGCACUACGCCUCCAUAUCCCUACCUAGCUCCUACUUCAACAACACCUGCGGCCUUUGUGGCAACUACAACGAUGACCCCGCAGAUGAUCCCGUUCUUCCUGACGGCACCCUGGCGGAAAGCGUGGCGGAGCUCGGGGGAGGCUGGCGGGCGCAGGACGCCGACUGGCGGUGUACAGAUGGUUGUGUGGAUAACUGUACCGUGUGCGACCCGCUAACGGAAGCGUUCUACUUCACCUCCGACUACUGUGGACUGAUCAACAAAACAGAUGGACCCUUCAGGGAUUGCAGAGCCGUGGUGGACCCUACCGCCUUUGUGUUUAGUUGUGUCUACGACAUGUGUAGCAACAAGGACAACAUCACCACACUGUGCCAGGCCGUCCAGGCUUAUGCUCUAGCCUGUCAGGCCUUGGGUGUCACCAUCCAACCCUGGAGGUCUCACACCUUCUGCACUCUGACAUGUCCACCAUUCAGCCACUACCAAGUGUGCACCAGCGCCUGUCCAGCCUCCUGCUCGGACGUCACCGCCCCCUUGUACUGCGCCCACCCUUGCACCGAGGGCUGCCAGUGCGAUCCAGGCUACGUCCUCAGCGGCAGCCAUUGUGUGCAGCGCGAUGAUUGUGGCUGUGAGCGCAACGGCCUCUAUUAUCCUCUUAAUGACACUUUUUGGUCCGGGGCCGAAUGCAGCCUCCGUUGUACCUGCGGCAUCGCAGGCGAAGUCUCUUGCUUCAACGACUCUUGCAAGGAGGGCGAGGUGUGUGGGGCGGAGGUGGGCAAGUUGGGUUGCUACCCUCGCAGGGAGGGGGUGUGUUCAAUGGCUCAGAACGCUGUGACAUCAUCCUUUGACGGCGCCUUCCUGCUGUUCCCAGAUGACAGCUCCUACUACCUGCUGAGGCUGUGCGGCGCUGCGCCAGCUAACGGCUCAAUGGUGGAGGUGAAGAUAGGCAGACGGCUGGUCAACAAAGGCCCUGCUUGGAAAAGACCUGUGGUAGUUACAGUUGCUAGCCUGGAGGUUCAGGUGGGAGGGAUGGAUUUGGAAGCGGUCAAGGUCAAUGGUGAACUGAUCUCCCUUCCUUACAUCCAUCCUUUGGAGACCGUAGCCAUCUACAGAGCGCCAGGUAACGCCACCGUGGUGGAGUCCCACGGUAGCCUCCGUGUCCUCUAUACGCAGCAGGGAUUCAUCAACAUCUCCCUCUCCACCAUAUUUUACAACAUCACUUGCGGCCUGUGCGGCGUCUUUAACAGCGACGCCAAAGACGACUUCCGCCUCCCAAACGGACUCUUGGCUGAGUCUGCCGAGCAGUUCGUGGAGGGCUGGCGCUCCUCCAUUGCCGACGACAUCACGUGUAAUGGCGACUGCGACGACUUGUACCGGACGUGCACGGACCUGCGCCUCUACCAGAGCGCAUGGCUGUGCGGCAACAUCAACGACCCGGGGAACAGCUCUUUUCUGGCGUGUCACGCGGCCGUCAACCCGUCGCCGUUUUUCCGGAACUGCUUGUACAACAUGUGCGUGAAGGAUGGGAACCGCUCUGCGCUGUGCUCCUCGCUGCACACCUACGCCACUGCCUGCCAGAACGCUCAGGUCGUUGUCGCUUCCUGGAGGAUGUCCACCAACUGCCCACUACCGUGUCCAGACAACAGCCAUUUUGACGAGUGCACCAGCGCCUGCCCACUGACCUGCUCCAGCUUGGAUGAACCUGAGGAGCCAUGCCCUCUGCCUUGCCGCGAGGGCUGCCGUUGCGAGGACGGCUUCGCCCUGCUGGACGGCCUGUGCGUGGCCCGCGGCGAGUGCGGCUGCGUCAGCCACGGCCGCCAGCUGGCCACCAACCACACUUUUUGGACCGACCGGGAGUGCCAGGAGCGCUGCUACUGUAACGGUUCCGACAACAGCUUGUACUGUCUGCCGGCACCGUGCCGCCCUGAGGAGUACUGCCAAGAGGAGGAUGGCCUGUACUACUGUCAGCCCCGCACCGAGGCCCUGUGUGUAGCAGCUGGUUAUGGACACUUCCUGCCGUUUGGUGGCCUUCCAUUUGAGCUGCAGAGCUCUUGUAGCCUCAUUAUGGCCACCAGCAACUGUGAGAGAGGGAGCGGGGACCAUGCCGCCAUGACUGGAAGCUUGCCUCAUUUUAAACUGGCAGCUCUUAAUGAGGAGAGGGACACGGGACAGACUGUUUGGGUGAGAGGCUUUGUCCUGGAGGUCUAUGACUUCAAGAUUGAGGUGACUCGAAGCUACAAGAACACCGCCAUGGUGAAUAAGGAGCGUUUAUCCGUUCCCCUAAAGCUGGGUCCCGGCAAGGUCAGCAUCUUCACCGUAGGACUGCUCCUCAUCCUGGAAACAGACUUUGGCCUGAAGGUGGCCUUCGAUUGGAACACUCUCCUGCUGUUGACUCUGCCUCGUCACCACUACAGCGCAUCCUGCGGCCUCUGCCAGGGCCUGCCCUUAACCCCGCCCACACUCAGCAACACCGAUUGGGGGGCGGCCUGGGCCGAGAGGGACGCUUUCUGCCAGGUGGGCUGCGGGGAUUCCUGCCCACGAUGCGGCCUGGGGGAUAAAAGCACGACAAGCGACACCGCUCUUGUCCUGACACUGUGCGGCCUGAUGGUGGAACGAGAUGACGUGUUUGCACGCUGCCACAGCAAGGUGGCGCCAGCGUUCUUUUACCAAAACUGCCUGCAGGACGCUUGCUUGGAUGAGGGAGCGCUGGAGACAGUUUGUAAUUGGCUGCAGGUCUACGCCAGCACGUGUCACAGCCACAGCGUGCCUGUUACUGGAUGGAGGGGCGACACACCCUGCGUCCAGAGGUGUCCUCCCAACAGCCACUACUCCAGCUGCAUGCCACCUUGCCCGCCCCAGUGCGCCCCCACCCGCGGCCAGAGGGACUGCAGCGGCGGCCCGCCCGACUGCGUGGAAGGCUGCCAAUGCGACCAGGGCUAUGUGGUCAACGGCAAGAGCUGCAUCCUACCUCAAGACUGUGGCUGCUACACAGACGGCAAGUACUACGAGCCCAAACAGCUGUUCUGGAACACCGACUGCUCCAAGCGCUGCCGGUGCAUCGGUCGCAACCUGAUCCAGUGCGACCCGCGGCGCUGCAAGGCGGACGAGGAAUGUGUCCUGCGCCAUGGCGUGCGCGGCUGCUUCGCCCGGCGCUCCGGCCAGUGCAUCGCGUCGGGCGGCGGCGUGUUCAAGACGUUUGAUGGGGCAUCCCUGCGCCUGGCGGCCUCGUGCUCCUUCGUCCUGUCCACCAACUGCCACAAGCUGCCCGACCUUUCCUUCCAGCUCAUCGCCAAGUUCGACAAGGGCAGCACGCCCAACCUCACCACCAUCUCCCAUGUCUACCUCUACAUCAACGAGGAGAACAUACUCAUCUCUGGAAACACCAUCAAGGUGAACGGCACGCCGGUAUCUGUGCCGUUCGUCACCGGCCUGAUGACCCGGCUGUCCACGUCCGAGGGCUUCGUGGACAUCGACUCACCGCAGGACAUCCAGGUGCGCUACAACCGCUUCAACACGCUCAGCAUCACCAUGGGCCAGCGGAUGCAGGACAAGCUGUGCGGCCUGUGCGGCAACUUCAACGGCGUCCCAGCCGACGACUACAUCACCUCCACGGGAAAGGCGGCCGCCAGCGCUCUGGAGCUGGCCCAGAGCUGGAAGACCAACGGCAUGCAAAACAGGUGCGAUGUGACCCAAUACGUGUCCCUGGCCCAGUCGUGUACCAACACUGCGGUGCAGGCGCUGCAGCGUGAGGACGCUUGCCUGAAGCUGACCGAGCUGAAGGGCUUCUUCCAGCCGUGCCACGGCCUGCUGGACCCCAGGCCUUUCUACCAGUCCUGCUACCUGGAUGGCUGCUACAACCAGCGCAGGCCUCAGGUGUGCGGAUCGCUGGCCGCCUACGCCGAGGCCUGCCGCUCCAUGGGCACCCUCACCACCCAGUGGAUCACUCAGGAAAACUGCUCAGAAUGGAUUUACGACCCCUGUGCAACAGAGACCUGUACAAACUUCACCUGUGAGCAGGAGGAUGGAGGCGACCUGUGCGGAUGUCCUGAAUUACCCACCAGCCCUGAAGGCGACGAUGACAUCAUACAGGCGGAGGUGAGCUGCAAGCACGCCCAGAUGGAAGUGUCCAUCUCCAAGUGCAAGCUCUUCCAGCUGGGCUUCGAGCGCGGAGACGUCAGGAUCAACGACGAGCACUGCGCCGCCAUGGAGGGCGAGGACUACAUCUCCUUCCACAUCAACAACACCAAAGGACACUGCGGUUCCAUCGUGCAGUCCAACGGCACACACAUCAUGUACAAAAACACGGUGUGGAUCGAGAGCGUCAACAACACGGGGAACAUCAUCACGCGAGACAAAACCAUCAACGUGGAGUUUGCCUGCGCUUACGAGCUGGACCUGAAGAUCUCGCUGGAGACGGUCCUCAAACCUAUACUCAGUGUGAUCAACCUCACCCUCCCAACCCAGGGCGGGAACUUCAUCACCAAGAUGGCGCUCUACAAGAACUCAGCGUACCGCCAUCCCUACAGGGAGGGGGAGGUGGUGCUGAGCACGCGGGACAUCCUCUACGUCGGCGUCUUUGUGGAGGGGGCCGACGAAAACCAGCUCCACCUGGUGGUGAACACGUGCUGGGCCACGCCCUCGCGCAACAGCAGCGACCGACUCCGCUACGUCAUCAUCGAGCGAGGGUGCCCCAACGUGAAGGACAACACCAUCGGCAUGGCGGAGAACGGCAUGUCGCUCACCUGCCGCUUCCACGUCACCGUCUUCAAGUUCAUCGGUGAUUACGACGAGGUACACCUCCAUUGCGACGUUUCGCUCUGCGACGCUGACAAGAACGCCUGCAAAGUGAACUGUCCACCGAAGAGGAGGAUGUACUCGAAAGACGCAACGCUACUAAAAGAGCACAUACUGAGUGUCGGACCUAUUAGAAGACGAGAGUCAGACUGGUGCGAGGAGGACAACGGCGGCUGUGAGCAAAUGUGCACCAGUAAGACGACCGGUCCAGUGUGCAGCUGUGUGACUGGGAUGCUGCAACCGGACAGGAGGAGCUGUCGGACGGUGAGCUGCAGCUGCAGAAUCGCACCUGCACUCCUGCCGAGCGCCGCUGUGCUCGCCCGUCUGCUUUCUGCUCUCCGCUGACGCACAACUGCAACCCAACGCAAGGACUGGAAGAUGCACAAUGACGAUUUUUUUCACGCAAGUAAGUCGCUUUUCGUCAAGCCCCGAAAUAACGGUGCAACUUUUAUUCAACACGUCCACCGGCAGUGUGUUUUCCUCAAAGCCACUAGAGGGCGUUAUAGAAAAGACAUUCUUCAGGGCCCAGAGGUCUCUGUAGCGCCUGUGACUAUCAGUGGACACUUCAUUAGGUACAGCUGCACACUCUACACUCACUGCAAAAUGAUUAUUAUCGUGCUUUCUUCACUGUGUUCCCAAUAUUUUUGAUUGUACAGGUGUGCCUAAUGUUUUGGCUGCUCCUAUACUACUUUAGUGACAAAACAAUGUCCUCUUUUUAAAAGAAAUACUGUAAAAACAUAAUAUAUGUCCUUUUAAAUGCAUAUUUCUGUGUGUGAGGGUCCUGUAAUACCGCAUUGUACCUCAGGAGGCAGCAGUGAGUCACUAACGUGCAAUUUGUGUUUAGGGUCAUCUUUAGUCACAUGUCCCAGUCAGAUUCCGUCACGCGUCGCUCCUUGUGUUGCCUAAACACGCCGUGUGACAACAUUUGACCUGCAUCUCCGUUCUGUUCCCCGUAAAGCGCUCUUCUUCAACCAUGCUUGUGUUUUAUUUUGAAAGGUCACAGGCUUUCGACAUGGAAAAUGUAGAAAGCAAAUAGCCAGUGAGUCGAGUUAUGAUUAUCAUUCAUUCAUCAAGUUCUCACAAUGUGUAUUUCUCAAUCAAGACUUUUAAUGUAUAAAUGUAGUGUCAGGUGUAGUGUCAUGUGACGCAAAGCAGUAUUGGGGCAACACUGAAAAGGAACACACAAAAAAACACCCAUAAAAACAAAGUCAUGGAUUUAGCGGAAUAAUGUUGAAAUAUUCUGGAAAUAAUGGUGGAAAACUUACGAGGAAAAUGUCACAUUUUUAAAAGUAAUAUAUGAGUAAAAAAGAAGAAG